AUGCAGUCUCCUCCGGGCAGUGGAAGGGCAUCCCGAACUGUGACACUGCACUUGAAGGACUCCAUCCCUUCGUCUCUCCAGCUUCUGUGCUUCAUGGUCCGCGUAUUCUAUGGGGGUCAGCCCCGGACUUGUUUUCGGUGUGGACUCCCGGGCCAUCAGGCUGCGGGAUGUGAUGCGAGCCGGAUCGGGCCUGUGAACCACUUCAGGGAGGAGGACUUUCCCCCGUUGGCGGUCCCGGACCUGUCGGAAGGUGCUGCUGUGAUAAGUGAUACUUCCCAGUCGUCUGGUGCCCCGUUGUCGAUCUCUGAUGCCGGCCUCGAUGUGGCUGUGGGUGUCGAAGUGGAAGUUAGUGCAUCCCCACCUCCAGCACCUCAGCCUCCCCUGCCUGCCUCGUCUCCAGUCGAGUCUCCAGUUGUGUCUCCUGUGGUGUGUGGUCUCGUGACUCAGGACGUCGAGGCUGCGCCUCGGCCUGUACUGUCUCCGGCAGCUGUGUCUUCGGCCUGUGUCGACGUGCACACUGUGAUGUCUCCUGCGGUGUGUGGUCCUGUUCCCCGGGUUGUUAAAGCUGCGAUGUUGAGUGAUCGUGCGCUGCGGGGAGUUGCGCGACCAAUCGGCGAUUCUGCUAUGGUGCCUCCUGGCGGGGGUUAUAGUUCCGACGAUCUGCGAUCUGUGUCCAAGCGUUCGCGGCGGGCUUUAAGUCUGUCUCCGCCUCAUGGUGUGGCCUGGGCCGACGUCAAGGAUUUUGAGGACUCCGGAAGUUCGUCUUCUGUGGAUGGUGAUGUGUGCAACGCUGUUGGAGUGCCUGCGGUUCCUGUGGGCAGUGUUGCAGCGGUGAUGGGUCCUGAGGUGGGAUUGUCGCUUGGCCUUGGUCCGGUGUCUUCUCCGGCUGCCUCCGCAUCACCGGUUGCUGAAUCCCCGAGUUGGGAGGUUGUGGCACCGGCUGAGACUGCGGGAGAGGUAGGGGACUUGGUGCUGGUUCUUAAGAAUGCUUCUGUUCCGGCGGCCUCCGUGCCUCUGGCGUCUAUGUCUGUGCCUUCCGUGCAUCUGCCCUUUGCUCAGCCGUCCUUUGUUACUCCGCCCCCUGCACCAUCGCCCUUUCUAUGA